UGAGCAGCAGUUUCCACUGGCAGCUCCCUCCCGACUCAAGGGGCUCCUCUGGAAAGCGAGUUCUUCGCUCAGCCCCCCUGUCAGAGCCCCCGUGCUUCUGCCAGAGGCUGGGAAUGGAGAGAGCACAGCUCUGGUAACGGUUCGCCGGCACUGCUCCAGGUGCUGCUGAAGAAGUCACCAUGGAAACACACAAAGAGGAGAUGGAACUCUUGAGCAACAGCAUGGCGGCCUACGCGCACAUCCGAGAUCACCCCGAGAGCUUCGGGCUGUACUUCGUGCUGGGCGUUUGCUUUGGGCUGGUGUUAACCCUUUGCAUGUUGGUCAUCCACAUCUCAUGGCAGCCGCACGUGAUCCCAGCUAGGUCCCGCAAAAGCCUGCGGGAAUUCAACGAGGAGGAUGAAGAUGACGACGAGGAAGAGGAGGAGGAAGACACUGUGGACCAUACCGCUUCUGAACCCCCCUUGUCCAUGACUGAGCUCCCUCUGGAGCCUCACGGCACACCUGACAGCACCCUUGCAGUCAACGUCUUCGCCUCAGCGGAAGAGCUGGAACGGGCCCAAAAAAAAAAGCGUGAGCGGAUCCUCCGGGAGAUCUGGCGCAAUGGGCAGCCUGACAUCCUGGGGACGGGUACUGGGACCAUUGGCAGAGUCCACUACUAUUAACCGUGCAAUCGGUUGACCUCCAAACUCAGGCAGAGUGGACAACUAAGGGGGGGGGGGGUCUGUCUGGCCUGUUGGAGCUCUUUGUAUUUCCUGAACAGAUUGGGGAGAGCAGCAGAAAUGAGCCAGUCUCAACUGCUUGCCAGGACUUAUCU